CCAUAGAUCCUCCUUCCCUGCCUUCAUUUCCCAAAUUGGGACUGUUGUCCAAAACAUGUAAGGCUCUGCAGAGGCGCUGCACGGUGACUGGGGGUAAUAUAUCUUACAAUGAACACAGCAGGCUCACCAGUGCUUUCUCCCCUUCUAUGCUUGAAGAACCAAUCCCACUGGCUCCACUGAGCUAUGGCUCCAGUGCCAGCUGCCAACAGCCAAUAUCACAAAACCCAUGCAUCCAUUUUACUAUGGUCUUCUCUCCAGAACAGCAAACCUUGGCAGUCACUGUCCUCAGCCUCACUGGGACGCCCCACAGACUGGAGGACGUGUUUGUGCUAGGCAGCCUGCCACCUCUUUACCCCUGCCCUAUAGAAGCCUCUGCCCAGAGCAGCCUCAGCCCUGAGACCCACAGCCUGGUGCUGCUUUUGAAGGUGAGCUCCGUGAAGGAGCUCCAAAGGUGUGUACUGAGAAUAAUCGUAUACACACGGGAACCUCCCAGCCUGAGAGGCACCACACUGGGUGAACUGGAUGCUGAAUGUGGAGGAAGAGACUGGAGAGCAGAGCAUCCAUUUCACUUCACGAAAGAACUUAACCCAAGCAAGUGGAAGCUAAAAAAGAGCCUGAUCUUACAGGAUACACCGAUGUGUAAGGGGCUUAGCUGUCCUCCCCAGAUCUUCAUUUGGCUUCAGUAUCAGACUCUGGCACACCGCAUCAAAGCCAUGGUCCUACGAGCAGAAAACCUAGACAACCUCGUUCACACAUUGGCAGCAACAGGUAAAACCAGCGUUUAAUAUCACUUGAAAUAA